AAAAAGAAGCCUAGGCAACCUUCCCUUCGGACCCUCUUUCCCUUUUAAUAGGCUGAGCAAUUCAACUGGGAAGACGAGAGGGGAGGAGGGAGGAGGGAUGUUUUUUCGCCUCCGGCAGUCUAUAGUCUUAAAGGCGUCUCGCCCUUCCCUUUAAGGCGGCAGUUCCGCCCCCCACUUAGUCGCUUCCAAGAUGGCGGACCUACUGGGCUCUAUCUUGAGCUCGAUGGAGAAGCCGCCCAGCGUCGGUGACCAGGAGACCCGCCGCAAGGCCCGAGAACAGGCUGCUUGCCUAAAGAAACUGCAAGAGCAAGAGAAGCGUCAGAAAGUAGAAUUUCGAAAGCGGAUGGAGAAAGAGGUGUCAGAUUUCAUCCAGGACAGUGGUCAGACCAAGAGAAAAUUCCAGCCAAUGAACAAGAUUGAGAGGAGUAUAUUACAUGAUGUUGUGGAGGUGGCUGGCCUGACAUCUUUUUCCUUUGGGGAGGAUGAUGAAUGUCGAUAUGUCAUGAUCUUUAAGAAGGAGUUCGCGCCCUCCGAUGAAGAGCUUGAUUCAUACCGCCGUGGGGAGGAGUGGGAUCCACAGCAGGCAGAGGAAAAACGGAGGCUGAAGGAGCUAGCCCAAUGGCAAGAGGAAGAGGCUGCCCAGCAGGGCCCUGCUGUUGUGAGUCCUGUGAGUGACUACAAAGACAAAUACAGUCACCUCAUUGGAAAAGGGGCAGCCAAGGAUGCUGCCCAUAUGUUACAGGCCAACAAGACCUAUGGCUGUGUUCCAGUAGCCAAUAAGAGGGACACACGCUCCAUUGAGGAGGCCAUGAAUGAGAUCCGUGCCAAGAAACGCCUUCGUCAAAGUGGAGAGGAGGGGACUCCCAACUCCUAGGCCCUUUGUCUUUCCAUCUCCUCCCCUUACAACCCGACCCCCUGUGGCUUUGAAAAGGGGAAGCGGGGACAUGGAUGAAGUUUCAGGCACUACAACAACACCUUGUCUUGACUUCUGAUGACUAUGUCAGGGGUUGACCUCUGACCCCAAUAGAGCCAUUAGGAUGGAGAGAUGGGUAUGGAGGCUCUCCUAGGGUGAUAUGGUCUGAGUGGUUUUAGAUUUUUUUUUAAUGUUGGGGAUAUGGGGUGGCUGAGUGAACCUCCUUUCAAUUUCUCUAAAAGAUGUGUGACAGAAUGUAAGAGUGGGUAUUUAAUCUAUAUUAUCCUCCCUUCUCCUGGGAGUAUUUCUCCUCCCUCAAGGCUAAGAGUAACUUUAUGCUCAAUAAACACUGUUUGACCUCA